CACUCAGGAACCCUUUGUGAUGCGUCCCAACUCCCGGAUCACUAGGACAACUCUCAGAGUUCAGUUGCCUGAAGGUAACGCUACAAGUCAGACGAUGAAGAGGUUUCUCUUACUUCUGAAAAUCCUUCAUGAGACUUGGAUGAGUCCCAGCUCCACUACCUGGGCAACGGACGUCAUCCUUGCCUCUGCUUGUGGACUGGCGCACCUCAUCCCAUUAAUCCCUCACCUCCGGACCAACCUAGCCUUCCUGCUGACUGGGAAAAGGAACAACAGGAAGCACCACAGAAAGAAGAGCAGGUGGAACCAGAGCAGGGAGCAGAGCCGCACUCAGAGAAGAAUGAGGAUGUACCCAAGGUGAACGGACUGAGCAGGAGACUCCAGGUCAGGAGUCUUGGGAAUAAGCCCUGGAUGGAAGGAAACCAGAGCUUUUGGAAGUUGGGAGCGGGCAGUGGAGGGGCUGCGGGCCACAAGUGCCCACCUGGGCCCAUCCCGCCCAGCCCCCUGUCCCUGCCUGCUCCUGGCUGCAGCCUGUGCCUCCUGUCUCCCACUGCCACCCACCCGGACUCUGUGACAAGGGCACGUUUCAUCUAUGCUCACGUGGAGUUGUGCCAGGUGAGGUGUGCAAACCAGGAGCUGCUCGAGUUCAUCAGCCACAGAGUCACGGGGAGGAAGAGCCCGCUUCCAACACCUGGGCCCUGAGGCUUCCCCCGGCUCCUGUGUCACAGCACCCUCUGC